AUGGAGUUGUGUCUCUAUUUUAUGGACGUUCUCAGGUGUUGGUUGAGGAGGUUGUCCACAAAGAAUUCAAGAACUGCUGCAAGUUAUUUUUGCAUCAUGCUACUGUUAUCGCGAGGAAAAUUGGUCAUGGAUUGGUUGAUUUUUACUCAUCCAGUUCAAGUUACGACGCUGCACUGCUUUGGGGUUUGGGUUACUGCCAGACAAUUCCUUUGUUUCUUCAAUAUUUAUGUGAAGGGAUGCAUUUUGGUUCGAAUUAGAGCACCUACUGGUGCGACUUUUGUACAACACCAGAUGGUGAUGCGUAAUGUGCGACGGGGCUGCACUUUUGGCGAACAUUUUAGCUACUGUCCAGGCCAUAUUUGCUGCGUUUUUGAAGAGUGGGAAGGGCACCAAAUGGUGCUUGUUAACUCAAAAACUGAUGCAAUUUAUUUCUGCAUAAAAUCACUGAAUAGAGGAGAAAAUUUUAGCCUUGUUUGGUGGAAUUUUACUCGACCAACUGCUGCUAGGAAUGUUUUUCUCAUUACAUUUUUUGGCCAGCAAUUUUGUAGUAGAUUGGGAUGGCUUUUGCAAUCUGGUGUGAAAUGGAGAGUGACGGGAAAGAAGAGGAUGAUGGGAUCAACAAUGUGCCACCAUGUUCAAGUCUUUCGGGAGGAGAGCAUGGAGGUAUUUUUUAUUGCUAACAUUGUCUUCUUUUUUGCAGGUUACAUUAUUUUAUACAAGUUUUAUUUAUUGAUAAUUUCUCAGUGCGUGGUAUUAGCACUUGGUGCUCAGUCCAUUGAGAGAUCGUCGAUGAAUGAAACUUGUAUGCUAUGGGGAUAUGAACAAGACAUGGGACCAGCAGCAGCAGCCACACAAUAUGCAGGCCACGCGCACACAGUAGCGCUCAUACAUGGAAUACUCAUCAGCGGAGGAGGCAUUUGUGGCUAUGUUAGAAGGAAGGAAUUGAUCAAGAUUGAAACCAUUAUUGGCCUUUUGUUGAUGCAAGAAUCUGUUGACUUGGAAGCAACAGAAUGA